CAAGAUGCCAUCUCUGACAUUCACCCGGCCAACCGUCCUUCUCCUAAUUGACAAUCAGAAAGCUUUCGACUGUGAUCCGAACACUCCAUGUCACUGGGGCACUCAACGCUCAAACCCGCUACUCGAACAAAACCUAUCCCGUCUAAUAACUGCCUUCCGUGCCGCCAAAUCCAGAUCAGAGACGAAACUCGAAAUAGUCCACGUCUUCCACUCUUCCACAUCUCUCACCUCCCCUCUCCAUCCAUCCGCGUCCAACGGGACCGGAAUUCAGCCCUUGGCUUGUGUCCAGCCGGCACAAGAUGGUUCAGAGCCCGUGAUGUGGAAGCACGUCAAUUCCGCCUUUAUCGGGACUGGGCUAGAAUCCUACCUUAAAGAGCACGGAAUCAGGCAGCUAGUUGUGGCAGGCAUUACUACAGAUCACUGCGUAUCGACAUCUGUACGGAUGGCGGCAAACCUAGGCGUGGCGGAUCGGUAUCCUGAGGGCAAGCCCGUUCUGAAUGGAGAUGGGAGUCAGGAGAAAGCAGUGCCGGUUGUUGAAGGCCGGAUUGUGCUUGUGGGCGAUGCGACGGCGACAUGGGCCAAGGGGGGAUUCGACGCUGAGACUGUGCAUGCUGUUACCCUGGCCAGUCUGGACGGCGAGUUUGCAGAUGUUAUGGCAACGGAGCAGGUCAUUGCGUCCUUGGAAGCGUUGAAUUAGAUAUGGCUGAGAGCACGGAAUUGCAUCCAGCCAGGAAUACAGCCAUGUGUCUAAGAAAGUGCCGACCCGCCCAAUGGCACAAGAUGAAACAGCUGAGUACGAUUAUUGUGGGGCUGCAGAGUUGUAGGUUGUUAAAGAACAAGGCAAGUUGUGCUGAAACACCGGGAGGCGAGCAGGCCUGGAGGACGUAGCUUCUGAAGUAUCACCUAGCAUAUCUCUCUUCAAUGUUCAGCCAGACCGCGGCAUUUGGGUUUAUAUGCCUCAGCUUUUACUGUUUGCACAAAUUGCCGUGACCAGUUGAAUAUAACUUUAUAAGUCA